GUUGUGUCGGGCGGAACUAAUGUGCACGCCGUUGUUUCCGGCGGGGCUAUUUUUCCGGCAGCGCGUGACUGUGCCAGUCAAACAUGUCGAGUUCCUACAAAAACAGGAUCCAGGAGUUUAAGGCAGCUCUGAGCGAGCAGAAGGUCGAUCUCAAGGCCUUGCGUGAGCUCUGCUUCAGCGGGAUCCCGUGUGAAGGAGGAAUAAGAGCGCUCUGCUGGAAGAUCCUGCUGAAUUACCUGCCGCUGGAUCAGACCUUAUGGGAGGAGUUCCUGAAGAAACAGAGGGAUCUGUACGCUCAGUUCUUGCGGGAGAUGAUCAUUCAGCCGGGGAUAGCCAAGGCCAACCUGGGAGUGUCUCGAGACGUGACUCUGGAGGAUCACCCUUUGAAUCCGAACCCGGACAGUCAGUGGAACACUUACUUCAAAGACAAUGAAGUUCUGCUGCAGAUCGAUAAAGACGUCAGGCGGCUGUAUCCAGACAUGGCGUUCUUCCAGCGGCCCACAGACUUCCCCUGCCAGCUCAUCCUGGACCCACAGAACGAGUACGAGACGUUACGGAGACGAGUGGAGCAGACGACUCUCAAAGCCCAGACGGUGAACCGGAACCGCAGCGGAGUCACUAAUUGCUGCGAAGGACAGAUACAGGUGAGUUCUCCGGGUAAGGCGUUAAACCUGUAUCCCUCUAACGAGUACGAGGUGCUACCGAACGGCUGCGAAGCGCACUGGGAGGUGGUCGAGAGGAUUCUCUUCAUCUACGCCAAACUCAACCCAGGCAUCGCUUACGUUCAGGGCAUGAACGAGAUCGUGGGGCCCAUUUACUACACCUUCGCCACAGACCCCAACAGCCAGUGGAAGGAGCACGCGGAGGCAGACACCUUCUUCUGCUUCACUCACCUGAUGUCCGAGAACAGAGAUAACUUCAUCAAAAGCCUGGACGACUCUCAGUGUGGAAUCACCUUCAAGAUGGAGAGCGUCUUCUCCAAACUCAAGGAGAAGGACACGGAGCUCUACAUGAGGCUGCAAGAGCAGAACAUCAAGCCGCAGUACUUCACCUUCCGCUGGCUGACGCUGCUGCUCUCGCAGGAGUUUCUUCUUCCGGACGUGAUCCGGAUCUGGGACUCGCUCUUCUCGGAUCAGGACCGCUUCGAGUUCCUCAUCCCCGUGUGCUGCGCCAUGCUCACACUGAUUAGAGAUCAGUUACUGGCUGGAGACUUUACAACUAACAUGAGAUUGCUACAGGACUAUCCCAUCUCUGAUGUUCAUGCUAUCCUCACUAAAGCGAAAGAACUGCAGGAUGGUUUGUAGCUACCAUGCCCCUUUAGGCCCCGCCCCAAGUCUGGUGAUUGACAGCAGUGCCGCCCAUCUCACCCGGGUGGGAUUCAGCGUUUGCCUUUGUGUGAUUGAGUGUUUGGUCUUACCGUCUCUCAGGUAGACACGCAUGUGUGUGUGUGUGUGUGUCUGUGCGCGCUAUGCAUGUGUGUGACAGAGACUGACAGAAUGGGUGUGUGUGCGUGUGUUUGGUCAUACGUCUCUCAGGUAGACGCAUGUGUGUGUGUGUGAGAGCGAGAGACAAAAAUAAAGAGAGAGGGAGAGAGUGUGUGUAUGCUUGUGUGUGAUAGUGUGAGUGUGUGUGUGUGUGUGUGUGAGAGAGAGAGAGCAUAAGUGUGUGCGUGUGUGUGUAAGAGAGAGAGAGAGUGAGUGUGUGUGUGUGUGUGUGUGUGUGUGUGUGUGUGUGUGUGGCUCUCAAGCCAUUUAUUGUUGCACUGAACGAUUUCAAAGACCAACACACUGACAGUUUCUUUCUCUCUCUCACACACACACACACACACACACACACGGACUCCAGAAACACUCCAGUACUUUGGUCUUAAAUUCUACAGUAUAAACACAGAGCGGAGCGAGAGCCUGGUCAUGUGAUGGACUUUAUACAGCUGUAUUUAUAUCAGUGAUUGUUUACUGUCUCGGUUUGCUUUAUUAUCUGAUCGUGUAUCUUUCACAAACGAACAAAACUACAGUCCUGCAGAUGGAUGGAGUGAACCGAAGCUUGGUUCAGUGCUGUUCUGGAGAAUCGCUCUAUGAUUGGAUUCUUUUGGAGCCUUUGGUUCCCUUCAGAAGCGGAUCAACACUGACCUCAGAUCAGCUCCUGUAGGGUCUCGGACGUUCCUGUCCCAUCAUGCCUCUGUUCAGCGACGUCAGCAAUCUGCACUAAUAAUCUGCAUUAAUUGCUCUUCAUGCGUUUCUUCACACUAAUAACCGAGCGCUCGUUUUCUUUGGGGAAACGCCCGUGACUCGUUAAAUCGUUAGUGUUUUUAUAAAUAUGUUGAUCGCUGCAGUUUUUUUUUUUAUGUCAUGUUUUUGUAUUCUAAAACGCAGAGGAUGCUGGGAAAUGAAGGAUCUUCUUUUAAUCGGGGAAUGUCUGGCCACACGUGUCUCUCUGUGACUGUGUUUGUUCAUUAUGAACUUUUGAAAACCGUUGUUUUCCUUUUGCAUGUCAAGAUGUUUUUGUAUGAACACAUCUAUAGUUCUUGCUGUUGUAUAUCAAUGUUUUUACAGUGCUUGCGGAUGCACAAUAAAAAAAAAAAGAAACCUUAAAA